CCCAUUUGGACUUCCGCCUUCUCCUUCCUUCUUAAACCCUUCACAAAGAUUUAUCCAACUGCUUCUUCCCCAGAACCUCCUCCACCUCCCUCGCGACUGCGAGAAGCAGCGACCCCAUACCGCGUUUCUCCUGCGAAAGCCUCCGUAAUGGCGACGCUUAGAUUCUUGAUAUCCAGGGCAGCAUCCAACAGCAGCCUCUAUCACCAUCUCCAGCCGCGCUGUACCGGCCCUUCUUCUCCUGCCUCCCAAUUCCUCCGGAGCCUCCGCUCGCUCGUUUCUUGGGAGUUCGAUCCCUCAAGGUCUCGCCGCCGGGGCGUUAGGGGCUUCGUCUCCGAGCCGGACUACAGGGUUGAAGAAGCCGGGGCGGCUGCGCUCAAUCUCGACGACCGCGUGCCCGCCACUGUGAUCACUGGCUUCCUCGGCUCCGGAAAGACAACUCUGCUCAACCAUAUUCUAACAGCUCAACAUGGCAAGCGCAUUGCUGUUAUUGAAAACGAGUUUGGUGAGGUGGAUAUUGAUGGUUCGUUGGUUGCAAGUCAUUCUUCCGCGUCCGAGGAAAUUAUAAUGGUUAACAAUGGGUGCUUAUGCUGUACUGUACGCGGAGACUUAGUGAAGAUGUUACUGGAGUUGGUUAAGAAGAAAAGGGACAAAUUUGAUCAUAUUGUCAUUGAAACCACAGGCCUUGCUAAGCCGGGUCCAGUUAUUGACACAUUUUGUUCUGAUGAAUUGGUUUCGAGACAUGUGAAAUUGGAUGGUGUUGUUACCUUGGUUGACUCCAAGCAUGCUAUGAAGCACUUAAAUGAAGUGAAACCAAGAUUUGUUGUGAAUGAAGCGGUUGAACAAAUUGCUUACGCUGACCGUAUUAUUAUAAACAAGAUUGACCUGGCAACUGAAGCUGAGCUGGAUAUACUGACUAAAAGGAUCAAGCACAUCAAUGGGAUGGCACAAAUCAAGCUAGCUAAAUAUGGAAGUGUUGACAUGGAUUUUGUUUUGGGAGUGGGAGGUUAUGAUCUGGACAGAAUCGAUUCUGAAGUUCAUGGAGAUGGCUCAUCCUGUAAUGCUCAUCAACAUGGGCAUGCAUGUGCAGAUAAUGUAGAGGAGCACAAAGGGCAUCAUGAUCAUGAUCAUGAUCAUGUGCAUGAUUCUGCAGUUUCCAGUGUCAGUAUUGUUUCUGAGGGUACACUGGAUCUCGAUGAGGUCGAUGAUUGGUUAGAGAGACUGAUUGAAGAAAAAGGGGACGACUUGUACAGAAUGAAGGGUGUAUUGUCUGUGACUGGUUUUGAGCAACGAUAUGUAUUCCAGGGGGUUCAUUCAACAUUGGAUGGCUGUCCGGGAAAAGUAUGGGGUCCUGAUGAGAAGAAAAUGAACAAGUUCGUCUUUAUUGGGAGGAACCUCGAUGAAACUGCCCUACGAAAAGGCUUCAAGGGGUGUCUUGUAUGAGGCAACCAAU